CCGCACGGACGCACACAUCCACACUCCUCUCCGGGCCGCCUCCCUCCCUUCUUUCCCGUCCCCUUCUCUGCAACCGCGUCCACACUGCGCCGCCUGGGCAGCCCAGAGCGCGGCGCGCAAGGGCACGGGCGCCGGGGCCUGUCCCUCCUCCCCCAGCCCUCCCUGCACCCCUGGUUCGCGGCCGUCUGGGCUCACAUCCCGGGUCCCCCGACGGAACCUGCGGACAGCAAUUAGCCAGCAUCCCGGCCGGCCCCAGACGCAGCCCCCCAGCCCAGGACGAGGAUGGGCAGGACAGGCGAGGCACUAAGUCGCAACUCAACUUUUUAAAAACAUGAUUUGUGUGUGUAUGUGUGCAGCGGGGGGAAGGAGCUGAUGCUGAGGGUCCGGCCACCCCCCUUCUGCCUCCUCCUCCCGCUGCCGCCGCUGCCCUCGCAGACGCGCGCGCACACACGGCACUUGGGCCGGGUUUCCGCGCUCCGUCCCCCGGCUUGGAUGGGAGUUUUCAUUUCCGAAGGCUGCGGAGCCCGUGGAACCCGCUGAAGGGCUACAACCCCGCGCCGCCUGCUGUCACUAGCGCAGGCUGGCCGCGGGAAGGGACCCGCACGCCGGGCUUUGUUGUGGAAAUCCCGGUUACCUGGCUUAUAACCCAGACCAUGGAUAACUUAUUGGACUUUGCCUGAAAGGAGUCAUUAGUGCCAUUGGAUAUUUGACCAUCCUGGCCACAGGUUUUUCAGAAUGAAUGGAAGGUCAUGCAGCAUGAGUCUCCACCGGACUUCGGGAACCCCACAGGGGCCUGGGAUGGUCAGUGGCCAACACAUUCCUCCCAUCCGAGCCCACUUGGGGACUCCUGGCCCCUCUUCCUGUGGCAGCACACCAAACCCUGCUAUUGGAAACUUUGCUAACAGCCUCCACCUCAAGAUGCCCUCAGGAGGAGGGAUGGCCCCUCAGAACAACAUGGUUGAGAGUCCCAUCCAUCUGCCCGCCUUGAGCCCCAGGAGACAAGUGCUCACCAAUGGGAAGCCGAGAUUCCAGGCCACCCAGGCUGGAGGCAUGUCAGGGUCACAUACUUUAAAGCCAAAGCAUCAGGAGUUUGGAAGUCCUUUUCCUCCAAAUCCUGGGAAAGGGGCUCUUGGCUUUGGGCCUCAGUGCAAGUCGUUUGGAAAAGGCAGCUGCAACAAUCUAGUGGUCACCAGCAGUCCCAUGAUGGUUCAGCGACUGGGACCCAUUUCACCUCCAGCAAGCCAGGUCUCCACAGCAUGCAACCAGAUCAGUCCUAGCUUACAGAGGGCAAUGAAUGCAGCCAACCUGAAUAUACCUCCUUCAGAUACCAGGUCCCUUAUUUCGCGUGAGUCUCUGGCGUCCUCUACAUUGAGCCUGAUCGAAAGCCAGUCGGCCCUGAGUGUGAAACAGGAGUGGUCUCAUGGCUACAGGGCCCUACCUUCGCUCUCCUCCAACCAUGGCUCCCACAAUGGCGUCGAUCUAGGCGACCUCCUUAGCCUUCCUCCUGGGACGUCCAUGUCCAGCAAUAGUGUCUCUAACUCAUUGCCAUCCUACCUUUUCAGCAUGGAAAAUAGCCACUCUCCCUACCCUAGCCCCCGGCACUCAUCCACCAGGUCCCACUCUACACGCUCAAAGAAGAGAGCACUGUCCCUGUCCCCGCUCUCGGAUGGCAUCGGCAUAGACUUCAACACUAUCAUCCGCACCUCGCCCACAUCCUUGGUCGCCUACAUCAACGGGUCAAGGGCUUCCCCGGCCAACAUGUCUCCACAGCCGGAAGUCUAUGGGCAUUUCCUGGGAGUGCGCGGCAGCUGCAUUCCCCAGCCGUGCCCGGUGUCGAGCGGCCAGAAAGGUGUGCUGGUAGCCAGCAGCAGCCUGGCACUGCCGACCUAUGGCGAGGACGGCGGGCUGGAGUAUGAGCGCAUGCAGCAGCUGGAGCAUGGCAGCCUGCAGCCCAACCUGGUCAACAACAUGGUGGUGCAGCACGGGCUGCCAGACCCUGAUGGCCAGCCUGCCAGCAUGCUCAAGACCGAGCGCCUGGAGGAGUUCCCAGGCAGCGCCAUGGACCUGCCCACCGCGCCCCCUCUACCUCCUUUGCCACCACCCCAAGGCCCCCCGCCUCCCUAUCAUGCCCAUUCACACCUUCACCACCCAGAGCUCGUGCCCCACACCCUGCCCCAGGCUGCCCUGGACGACGAAGGUGAGCUGGAAGACAUCGGGGGCAAGCAUUGCUGCCGCUGGAUAGACUGCAGCGCCUUGUAUGACCAGCAGGAGGAACUCGUGAGGCACAUCGAGAAAGUCCACAUAGACCAGCGCAAAGGGGAAGACUUCACUUGCUUCUGGGCCGGCUGUCCUCGAAGGUACAAGCCGUUCAAUGCCCGCUACAAACUGCUGAUCCACAUGAGAGUCCACUCUGGGGAGAAACCCAACAAGUGUACGUUUGAAGGUUGCAAGAAGGCCUUUUCAAGGCUUGAAAAUCUCAAGAUUCACUUGCGAAGCCACACAGGCGAGAAACCGUAUUUGUGCCAGCAUCCAGGCUGUCAGAAGGCAUUCAGUAACUCCAGCGACCGCGCCAAACAUCAGAGGACACAUCUGGACACUAAACCUUAUGCUUGUCAAAUUCCAGGAUGUACCAAACGCUACACAGACCCAAGUUCCUUAAGAAAGCAUGUGAAGGCACAUUCUUCCAAAGAUCAACAAGCAAGGAAAAAGUUGCGGUCUAGCACAGAGCUCCAUCCAGACCUUCUCACGGAUUGCCUCACUGUGCAGCCUCUGCAGCCAGCUACUUCCCCGCAAGAUGCUGCUGCUGACGGGACUGUGGGCCGCUCACCUGGACCUGGGCCGGACCUCUAUCCAGCUCCCAUUUUCUCCAGCAAUCACUCAAGCCGAAGUGGAACAGCUGCUGGGGCCGUGCCACCCCCACAUCCUGUCAGUCACCCUUCUCCAGGACAUAAUGUACAGGGGAGCCCCCACAACCCCUCCUCCCAGUUACCUCCACUCACAGCUGUGGACGCGGGAGCUGAGAGGUUUGCACCUUCUGCUCCAUCUCCUCACCACAUCAGCCCCCGGAGAGUCCCAGCUCCUUCUUCUAUACUUCAGAGAACACAGCCUCCCCACCCCCAGCAGCCAUCAGGUUCGCACCUGAAGCCUUACCAGCCAGAAGCAAACUCUUUUCAACCAAACGGUAUCCAUGUCCAUGGAUUUUAUGGACAGCUGCAGACGUUCUGUCCCCCAUACUACUCUGACUCCCAGAGAACCGUGCCACCUGGUAGCUCCUGCAGCAUGGUGCCUUCCUUCGAGGACUGCCUGGUCCCCACAUCCAUGGGCCAGGCUGGUUUGGACGUGUUCCACCGAGCCUUCUCGACUCACUCAGGCAUUACAGUGUACGAUUUGCCUUCGGGUUCCUCAGGCCUCUUUGGGGAAUCUCAUCACAGUGGGCCUGAAGACGCCACCUUCUUGCAGAUCAGCGCUGUGGACCGCUGUCCUAGCCAGCUCUCCUCUGUUUAUACUGAAGGCUAAAAACUUCCUGGCUUCUACCGUACAUCCAGAACCUUCGUGUCGCUUACCACCUUUUGUGUAGUCCUCACAGACUGCUUGAAAAAGGAUGUCAACCGAAUCAGUGGCACCUGAAGUCACUGAAGGUGGGACUUGAUGGUCAGAAGUGGCUUUGCAGGAAUGUUUGCGGUUGCUCCUUUUUCUCUCUGGGUUUGCUGAAGCAGGGGACCAGCAGAACUGUCUUUUCAAAGGGAAUUCAGAGUCUCACUAACAGAUACCUGUUACUUUCUAGCUGUCACCCUUUACAAGACACCAAUGAAAUGAUGUGUAGAUGAAACUGUAGUUCAGGGAUGACCCUUGCUGAAAAUUCCAAAUAGGGAAGGACAACCCAGUUACCAGAGGCACAGUGAGCUGCCUCCCCCAGUGCUCACCCCCGCUUGGCAGUGCAAAGCCACACACCAGGGAAAUCUGGGUCCAAAGCUUAGUGUAGUCUCUACUCUCAGAAACUCCCUGGGUUUCUCUUUCCUUUUAGACAUUCCCAUUCUAGCCAGCAGCUUCUCGGUGUUUCUCCAAGAGCAGAAUAAGGUUUUAUAUUCCAAUAACCUAUCUUUUUUUUUUCAUUUUAAACACUUGUUAUUUGCAUCUACUUUAAAAGGAAAAAGUACGUACAUUUAUAGGCCUGUUCUCUGAUGGAAAUCAUUAUUAUUUUAAUACCCUCAGUCACAUACUUUUUUGCCAUAGCUAUUGCUCUGCCUGGCUCCAUUCCGGGAAUAUUAGCUUUGUAGUUAGCAAAGGUACUGUCACCUGAGGGAUAUGGGGCAGGGGCACAACGCUGCUCCCAGUGCUGUAGCAGUAACCCUCGGGGGUUCACUGUUUAGGGACUCCACUAUGAAGACUUUGUUCAAAGGAAAAACUCACAUGACUGAUUCACUCGUUGCCUUCACUCUGGUGCUGGCCAGAGACGUGCCAGAAGAGGCAGGAUGAGGACGCGCUGCACCUUGGUGCUCUCGGAAAACCUAACGAGAGAGACUGACGCCUACUUACUUCACUCAGCUCUGCUCCCCUCCCUCGGGACUCGCACACCUGUCUGUCUCUCUGUCUCUCCAGUAUGCUUCUCCUAUCUCUCGUCUCACCCUCUUCUUCACCAUGGUUCAGACAUGCCCACCACCUGCCACUGACUGACCAUCAGCUCUUGGGAAAGUCCAGGGGUCCGUUCAUGAAAAACGGGCAAAGGCAACUCCUUCUGGAAAACUCUGAUUUGAAGACACUUGACCAUUUUGUGUCAAGCCUAAACAGGAAGUCAUUUCCCAUGAUACUUUUAGAAAGCUACUAAAAAGAUCCCAAGUCCUAGGGCAUAAUUGUCCAAAUUCCAAAGACCUAGUAAAUUUGGACAUUUUAAUACUAUCAUAUUUCAAAUUUUCUUUUCUCUCUUUUAAAAAUAUUUUUUCUGAACAAAAGUGAAACAAUGCAUCUGUCAAACUGAGAUCAUUACGAUCUUCAAGAAGACCAUUCAAUAGCUUGGUGUUACUCUUAGGAUGCUGUGACAGUUUUUAUCUGAACAGAUGGAUCUUCCUGGCUGGCUCCACAAUCAUUGGUGUUCUACCUGAUUUUGGAGUUCAUCUCAACAUACUGUAGGAGGUGAAUAAAGAACCAAGUGUGGGUUUCAUUUUUAUGCUGCAUUGAAUCAGUCUAGUUUCUCUGUGUCCUAAGAAAAGCUAUCAUGCAGACAUUUAGGUCUGCGAAAGAGAUGGGUUGUCCACUUUUAAUAAUCUGUCUGUUCAUGAAAGGAUGCACAUUGGUUUCCUUUAUAGGUGCGUGCUCAGGUUGCUUGUAAAACCUCAUCUUUCAUUCAGACUUUGUGGGUCAUGUCACAUGGCCGAAACAAGGACAUGUGCAUGCCAACACUGGCUUAGUCCACAGCAUCCCCUGCAUGUCCUCUGUCACACUCUAGAGAGAAAGGAAAACUCUGGUAUCUUUAGAAGAGACCAUCCUUCCAUUCUGAAAUACUGAAGUAUUUUCAAGUAACUCAAUAUAUAUUUUAUUUGCAAUGGGAGGAAAAAGGUGAAAAGGUGAGGUUGUUAUUGAGGUUAACGUUGUUAGCCCCCGUUGUGGCUUAACAUAAAUAGAAAGAAGGAAGGACAGAGCAAGAAUCUGAACCUCAGAAAUCAUGGAUGUCAUCUCCUCUUUGGCUCGGAGGAGAUACUUAGGGGCUCUGGUUUUACUGUGGCCUCUCACAGUGACUGCCCUUUUCUUUCCUCACCUGAGCUGAAGGAAUCCCAGAAGGGGACAGGCAGGAACAGCACCUGCAGUGCCUCAUUUCUCAGCAGGCAUACAAGGGCCAGCCCCUGAGAGACAUUGGAGCUGUUAGAGGCAACUUGCAGGAAGCAAGACCAAGCGCAGAGUCUUCGCAUGCUUCUCAGCGUAUCCUGACGUCUGCAGGUUUGAGAUUAGGGACUCAGGACAUGACAUAUCCAGGUUCUUUCCUGACUACACACACUUGUCUUAGAUUCCAGACUCUCUCUCCUGACCUUAAAACCUGUUUCUUGCUUACUUUUGCAUAGCAAUAGAUUCCUAUAUGCUUUCAUCGUUAUUUUUGUAGCACUAAAAGUGAAAACAUCAAAAAAUCAUUCCCUUUUUUUCCUUACCUUUUUAGUCUUGAUAGGUAAACAUUUUCAUAAGCAUCUGAACAGAGAUUGUCAGUUCUCUCUUUUAAAAAACUGGUGCUUAUGAAAAUACAUGCAACCCAAAGCCAAUUAUCCUAUUACAUUAAAAAAGAGAGAGAGAGAGAGAGAAGAAAAAAUUAGUAUGCCUAGGGAUAUUUCAUUUGCUACAUUGUCUUAAUUCCCUAGAGGGACUGCAUCAAAAUGUCAGCUGUAAUCUAGCCUCUGAUCAGCUGUUAAAUAUUAUUUAAAUAUUUACUGGUCCUAUGAGUUAUCUCCCUUAACCCAUGCCUCCCCCAAAUUGCGUAGAUGGUUCUAAAAUAUUUUAAAAAUGUCUUUAAUAUAUCACAGCCUAUCUCCACUGAUAACAGUGUUGGUUUUGUCCAAGUGUUUUUAAAUUGCCAGCUGUCAAGCACACUAUUGCAUUCAUACCAGAUUUGAACAGGAAUAAACGUUCAACUCCCCUUCCUGAGAAGCUGGACUUUCCAGUUGCCUUGAAGUAUUGGGAAUAGUGACUGUAAAUGUUCAAUUUAAUUAUUAGAUACUUUAUUUGACUGUGUUGACCAUGCCAAUUUAUAGCAACAUUUUUUAAUGGCACUUUUGUUGGUGGUGUGGAAUUUCUGCAGUUACUUUUUUUUUUUUUGCAAUGGAUAAAGCUAAAAAAAAAAAAAAACAGCACUCAUUGGAGAAAUGGUGAGUGUAAAAAAAAAAAGAGAUUUAUUUUGUACAGACAGCAAAGCAUCCUGUGUAAUGUUGCUGACAUAAAGCACUUUGGGGGGAAAAAAGUGGAAAUCUGUUUUCCAUAAAUCACGCAGACCCUUGUACAUAGUUAUAUACACUCACGUAGAGAAAUGAACUGCAUAUAUCAUACUGGAUAUGGGGCCGAAUUUACUCUAGAGGCACAUCUGGUGCUUAUUGUCAUAAAUCUUUUAAAGAAUUAGGUACACUUUUUUUCUAUUAAUAUGUAUAGUUUUGUGAUUUGUCACAGUUAUGUUUCAUAUAAUCAUAAGUUAUUUUGUCUUGUUUCAUGAAGUCCUUUUUUUAUGUCAAAAGUAAAAUGAAGGGAUUGUGCACUUGGUACAGAAUAAAACUGGAACUAGAGGCUAGCCCUCUUGCCUGGAGUCCUUCAGCAUGUCGCUUUAAAACACAAUGGCAACAACUGCUGUUUGUUUGUUUGUUUUAUUAUUUUUUUGUUUUAGUUUACCAUCAGCCGUCUACAUAUUGGGGAUGGUAAUUAUAAUUAAAAGCAGAUGGGGGGAUGGGGGGAGGGUCCAAGGCCAGCUUUCAAAUGCCGCAUUGCUUUGGGCCAGAACUGCAGCCUGGAUUUAAUUAUAGAUAUGAGGACGAAAUGGCAGUAAAAAUGAAUGUCUCCCUGAAUCCUUUACAUGUUGGGAGUGUCCAUAAAUAAAACAUGAAGUUUUAUUUCAUCAGAUUUAA